AUGAACAUUCUAGAAUGGGCUUUCGGAAAGCGCAUGACGCCUGCCGAGCGUCUGCGCAAGAACCAGCGCAUGAUCGACAAAGCAAUCCGAGAACUAGACCAAGUGCGAGUUAAACUAGAGAAGCAGGAGAAGACUCUGGUCGGCCAGAUCAAACAGAGCGCCCAGAAAGGACAGAUGGGAGCGGCAAAAAUCCAGGCAAAGGAUCUUGUACGAACGAGAAGAUACGUCGAGAAAUUCUACGGAAUGAGGAGUCAGCUACAGAAAAUAUCGUUACGACUACAGACCCAUAGAACCAACGAACAGAUGAUGCAGGCGAUGAAGGGAGCCACCGUGGCCCUCGGCAGUAUGAAUAGGUCGAUGAACUUACCCGCCUUACAACGUAUAGCUAUGGAAUUUGAACGAGAGACUGCUAUCAUGGACGAGAGGCAGGAAAUGAUGGACGACGCGAUUGACGACGCAAUGGACGUUGGAUUAGAAGAAGAAGGUGACGAAGUUGUGGAGCAGGUCUUAGAGGAGAUCGGUGUCGACUUGAACCAAGCCUUCGGAGAGACCCCGACAGGCCUUCAAUCUGAAAAAGCCCCCGAGGGUCGGAUCGCUCAAGCUAUCGGUGGACCCAGCGGCGGUGGUGGUGGGGAUCCCGGGGAUGACGAUCUCCAGGCUCGCCUUGACAGUUUGAGGAAAUGA